GGUUAAACAAUACAAGCAGAUCAAUCACAACAAUUGUGUAGUGGACAAAUAUUUACAAAAUAAGAGUAUAAUCUAUUAACAAGAAUACACUUAGUUUAUUUUAUGUCAAGAUACUGAAUUUUAAAGUAAAAACAUUUAUUAGGUAUUUUGUUAAAGGAAUUACAUUUACCUGACUUCAAAAUAACAUUCUUACAUAUCGGAAUUAUCAUCAACCAAAAAAGACAUUAAUCUACAGCAAUUGAGACCAUUCUUAAAGACUGGAAAGUACAGAAAACUUUUAUAAAGGAUGAAAUUCUGAAGGAAGUUAAUAUAACUGCAAAUCAUUAAUUAUCAAAGUUCUUGGUGAAUAUAGAAUUUAACACCCACAAAGGGGUAGAAAUAUCAAUUCUCUGCAGUUCUUGAAUAAUUAAUUCUACAGUAUAUCAGAUUCUGCGAAGUACCAGAUAGAUUUAUAGAACCAUGUGACCAAAUGUUUCCUAUGAUUCAUUUUCAUUACCUGAAAUAAAAAUUGCUAAAUUCAAUGUUAAUGUAACUGACAUCAGGAAUAUUCUUUAUUGUCAAAUCAGCGCAUUAAAUUGGUUUGCUUAAAGACACGGACAUCCAUUCAUCAAGUAAUAGAUACGACUUCUUGGCACUUGUUAAUUAACCGCAUGUCGUAAAUGGGAAAGCAAACUAACACUAUAGAAGCAUGACUUAUUUAUGUAGCACUGUGUUAAAUUAGUGGAGAUUCACAGGAAGAGAGUAUGCCGCAAGAGCAGGCAAAGACAAAUUGACACUUGUAUAACGAAUUGGAAAAUAACACAUUUUGGAUAACUGAUUAAGGCAACAAUACCAUAAAUGGUAUUUGUUAUUCGUAUCUCAGCAGAUUUUUAUAAUAUUGAUUUUGAAGAAGUGGAAUCAUUCAUAGAAAAGUGCUCGAAGUGUUUUCCUAAAGAUGCUACAACACAAACAGCUUUCAAAACGACAGAACAUUAUUUACGGAAUUUAAAUAAAGACUUAAAGAGAACAUAAGCUGACAGGUAAAAUAAUGCUCUGUAAAUUUAUGGAUUUUGAUACCAGAAUUAGCUCUUUUGCCAUGGAGAUCUCAACUUGCGGAAUGAAAAUUUCCAACCAAUAACAUUUACAGAGAAUAACUGAAGUGAUAUAUAACUUGCAUGCUAAAGAGCCAUUUUGUGAUAUUAAGAUUUCUUUGGGAGAAAAUGUUCAUAGUCAAUAUCAGGUAAUUCAGUAGAGUAUUCCUGAAAAGAGAUUCAAUACACUUUUAAAAGGCUCAGGAAGACAAAUCCAGCAAGUGUUUACUCUUUCUGAAAGAUGAAAAAAACAACAAAAUUUAAUAUUGAAAUGAUAUCAAGUUGAUGAAAAAACUAAGCCAGCAAGAGAUGUUUCAAAGUAUACAGAAACUGUAUGAUGGUUUCAAAGACAUUCAAACACUUGCUUAAAGGAAUACACUCAACGUUGAAUGAAACAUCAGACAAAAUUACCAACAAACUUGAUAGCGAAAAUACUGCCAAUUUAACAAAUCAAGCUAUAUACCUUGCAGCAGACAACAAUCAAACAAGCGUCUUUACAACCCAGAUCAAGACUGAUGUUUAUCAGAUCCUCUCGACGACCCUGAUUGCAUCAGAAGCAGACAACAGCACACAGUCUACAAUGACGCGCAACAUUGUUUCCGCUUUUACAAUUAACAGUGCCGAUGUUUUCGACAAACCUCAUCACAAUAUCAUGGUUGCGAUUUUACUCGGAAUUUUCACGUGUAUCAGCAUAACAAUCACCAUUUCCAUAUUUGUCUUCUGCAGGAAAAAGAAUUCCGUGUUUAUGCUACAAAAAUGCGAACAAGAUUCUGACAUUGACCUUGAAAUGAAUGACAUGAAUACAGAAGUUGAAACGUCCGAUUCCGAAUACGAGUUCAUUGAAUCAACGUCUCCGCAACAUUCUCGGCAGCGAUCACAAACAUGUCCAAAUUUGUCUAAGUAUGCCGAUGUGGAAAGUACAAAAGAAGAAAAUCAACAGUUGAAUUUUGAAAAAUAUUCCAACAGCAGAAGAUCGUUUAAUAACACCGGUAGAAGCAACCAUCAUAUGUCUGGAUCGCCGACGUCAACCCCGCUGCUGAACUCGACCUCUCAAACUAGCCUAAAUAUAAGUAAUGGAGAGUUUAAACGUGACAGUAAAUUUUCUCCGCACAGUCUUUCAUUAAAUUUUACAAAUGCAUCAGGUGCUACUGCUGCUGAAAUAUCAGGAAGAAAACUAAACCAAAGUAAGAAACAAACCAAAGAAAAUAAAUUAAACCAAAGUAUAAAAGGAAAAGAUGAUACUAAAUCAUGUGUAAAGUCUUCUCAUCAGCAAACCAAACCUGGAAAAUCUAAAUAUCUCAAUACAAAACAAAACUCCAACACUCACAAAAUUAGAAAUUCAGAACAUGGGUUCUUUGAAAUUAAAGUUAAAUAUUCUAGCGGAAGGACAAAGAAAAAGCAUCACUUUUGUGUUCAGGAUAAUGAUAUAUCUUGUCGAAACGAACCACAAGUGGAUUCAAGUAUUCUCCGAAUGGAAAGUAUUGAAGAUGAUAAUGCCGAUUUAACUGACGGUGACUUACAUGAUGAAACUGAUGACCUUAGCGAUGUAAAGGGAGAACUUGAAAUUUUAUGAUCGCUUGUGUUUAUUUUAACAUAUCUGAUGCCUUUAAAAUGCAAGUAAAAAGAUAUUACACAAGAAACACAGAAAUUACGUUGGUGAGAAAUCUGUGAUGGACUUCACUUGGAAUGACCAGAUCAACUAUUAACCUUGUGUUUUUGGAAAAAAAAAUUCUUCUAUGUACCUACAAUUAUCAUUUCUCCUAAUUUAUCUAAAAGUAAUGUCACAAAAAAAGAAUCUGACACUUUCAAAUUUUGUUAAAACUGUCUUUACAUCAUCACAAUUUGUCAAACAUAUUCUUUAAAUUGGAGAUUUUUAUGAAAGUAAAAACGAUUUUAGAUAUCCAGAUUUCCGACCAAUAAAAGAUUCUAUUGCCUCACAGCCACAAAAUAAACCCUUACCCUGCUAAAUUUCUAUAAUGAACUUGUCCACCUUUCAAUUUGGACAGUACCAUUAACUGUUAAAAGGGAUACAUGCUUACCAAAAAGAUACUGACUGAAUGGCGAACAGCCCAGAUUAUGAUCAGCACCAUGAUAUACACUGGUCGCAAACAAAGACUCAGUUGUGUCCAGCAUGCUAUGGGUUAAACACCACAAAGCAAAAAAAAACAAAAAAACAAUACUUCUUGUGGUUUUAGCUGUUUAAACUUUACUUAUAACAAAGAGUAUAUAAGGAAUUUCCGUUAAAUGGAACAA